AUGUCGGAUCGCGACGUUACCCUAUCUUCAUGCAGUUUUGACUCGCGCUCCACCACCGACUCUCCCUAUGGCUACCGACCCAGCGCCUCCGGCAAUGCCAUCUUCGCGAUCAUCUACGUCCUGGCCCUGGUCGGCUGUCUGGCGUACUCGAUCCCCGGAAGGAAGUGGCCCGCGUUCGGCAUACCGAUUUGCGUAGCUUGUGUCUUCGAGGCUGUCGGGUUCGGCAUACGGCUGGGCAGCUCGUUCGAUCCAUGGGACGUGAGGUUGUUUGCCGUGUCGACGGCUUUCACUGCUGUCGCUCCCGCGUUCGUGGCCGCAGGACUAUACUCGACGCUCAAUAAAACAGUCAGCAUCCUAGGCGUCGAACACUCGCUGAUCAACCCGGCGAGAUAUCCAUGGCUCAUCGGCAUAGACGCGACAGGGGUGGUUAUCCAGCUCGUCGGUAUCAUAGUCACAUUCGCAGACGUAUCGACAGCCACAGGCCUUGGACCUAAUACCAAGAAGGGGACGCCAAUCAUCGCCGCCGGAACAGGACUUCAGGCGCUCUCGUUGAUAUGUUUCCACGUGCUGUUCGCAGUGGUGGCCUUCCAGGCAGCCGUAGCGCACCGCCAGUUUGGAUACACGACCUUCCAUUCUCAACACGGGUUUGUGACGUUAACUCGGAAAUUCAAAGUCUUUCUCGCCAUGCUGAUAGUGUCUUCCAUCUGCUUGUUGGCAAGGGCAGUCUUCCAAACGACACUCCUCGGGGCUGGAUUCGGUAGCAAUAUCGCGAGAAUCGAAGCUCUUUUUCUUGCGUUUAAUGGUUUUCUUGUCGCGGAACCCAUUAUCGGACUGGUCAUCGCGCACCCUGCGAGUUACCUGCAAGACGGCGUGAAGCAGAAGCGGCGCAACCGAAGCGCUCAGAUUUCACAGAUGGUCGCAGCACCUCGAGACGGCCAUUCGAAGCGUUCUCGGAGUACGCAAUACUUCGCCCGCCUCCAAGAAGCUUUCUCACUAGCCCCCUACCCCCUCCGACUCCGUCGACUCUUGGAGAUAUACAAGGACCAAUUCCAGUGCCUCGAAGUCAUUACGCCAAGAAUAUCCCUAGUCUCCCAGACAGAGAUGACGGCCAGCUCCCUCCACCUCUGA